GGACAGUCCGUAAAGCCGCCCACGCGCUGUCACGUGACAUGAUCUACGCCAAUUGUCCGAGGAGUCACCGGUUCUCAAACCGAUAAGUACUCGCAUGGCCGCAACAACAGAAGCCACCACAAAAGAUGUUUUUGACAUCUGGACUAUGUAUCAGUCCAUUCUGAAAGAUGAAGAGAUAUCCACGCCUCUGGCAGCGAUUCUCGCCUUGACAGAACUAGUCCAGAGAUCUGACGCGGGGACGAUGUUCGAGCUCGUCAAGGCCCUAAAUGACGGCGCCAAAGUUCUAAAUGAGCGGACCCCAAAUCCUAUUAGCCUCAAUGCUGGCUGCGAACUAUUCAUCGCUUUUGUUACUCUUUUCCCCCACGAUUCUGACAGUUUCUCCGAUCUCAAGAAGGAGCUUGUCAGGCAAGGACAAAAGUAUGCCAACGAGGCCCUGACAUACCGCCAAAAGAUCGCUCGGCUUGCUCUUGAAUUCAUCAAAGAUGACUCAGUCAUACUCACUCACUCAUAUUCAAGAGUGGUGAUGAAAACUCUCUUGUGUGCUCACGAGAGAAAGCGUAUAUCUGUCUAUGUCACCGAGGCGAGACCUCGUGGUCUUGGGUUGGAAAUAUGUCUUGUCAUUCAUGGAACACGCUCAUUCAUAUAUAUAUAUAUAUUUGCCAGCCUGCGAACGUACGAAGAACUCACAGCGGCCGGUAUUCCAUGCACCGUUGUUCUCGAUUCCGCCGUUGCGUACGCGAUGAACAAGGUCGACUUCGUUCUCGUUGGCUCGGAGGCCGUAGUGGAGAGCGGGGGCUUGAUAAAUGCAGUGGGUAGCAAUCAAAUAGCCAUUAUCGCCAAAGCUGCAAAUGUCCCAUUCUAUGCCCUGGCUGAAAGCUACAAAUUUCAUCGACUAUUUCCGCUAUCGCAGUACGAUCUUCCCACUCAUAAACCCUACAUCCUGUCGUUCCCCUUGAUGGCAGCUCCAACCCCGUGUCGUAAACAUCCCGUCCCACCCAAAGACCAACCGAUUACAGCGGAGGAACGAAAUGCUUCGACAUUGACGUCAAGCCAAACUAGGUACAUGACACAAGAGCAGAUCGCUCGUAACCCGGAUGUGGAUUACACAAGGCCCGAUCUCAUAACAUUGGUGUUUUCGGAUGUUGGUAGUCUGACUCCUGAAGGAGUAAGCCAGUACCUUGUGGGGAUGUUUGCGGGCUGAAUUUGACUGGGUUUGUCCACGUUAAUAGUAUACUGGGC